GGGCUAGUUUCAUCUGGCUAGCUGCUCAGGUUUUUCCCAAGCGAAGACCCGUAUCGCUUCUCUGACCAAUGUCCACUCACUCUCUGGCCGAUUCCAUCACAUUAUUCUUCCGUUUCCCCUCUCCAUAUGGCUAGGAAUGAUGGCGGCCUACUCAAUGCCGGAAGGAUAAAUACUACACAGCUGUAAGCUGAGAUCUCUGCCCAAAAUCUUACCUCUUCUUCCUCAAACUCCCCCUUCUCUCUCUCCCCUGUACUUUAUACGACCUGGUAGCGCCUUCGAAGCUUUCCUACAUCUUGCUAUCCUUGUUAUUUUGCAUAUUGAUAACUUGCCACAUAUACCAUGGCCGAUUCGCCGUCGUCUUCAGACCCUUCUGAGAAGGAUUUAGAAACAGGUGAACAACGCUUGGGUCGUCCAGAACGGAGGACAACCAUCAGGUUUGAUGGUACGUCAUCCUCGGAGACUCAGGGGGUAGCCUAUCAACCCCAACAGUCUAAUCGCCCCCGUUCCCUCAGCAGGGACUCGGUGAAGAGCGGGCGAAGUGGCGUGCAGAGCUCUGGGACAGCUGGUAUCCCUAUCGAAUUCCGAACUCUAUCUAUCCAAAUAUCGGAGGCGCAGAGAGCUACAGAAGAAGUUAUAAAAGAAAGGCAAGAGAAGGAGAAGCAUCCGGAUCAGGACUACUUUGAGAGCUUAGACUUUCAUAUCCUCAACACAGACAGAUUGUCUCAGCAACUCAAUGUCGAUUGCAGAUAUGGACUCAGUUCAUCAGCUGCUGCUCAACGACUCCAGCGCGAUGGCAAGAACGUAAUAGCACACCACCGAGAAAACUACAUCAAAAAGAUUCUCGGUUAUGUCUUCGGCGGUUUCUGUUCGGUGCUGUGGAUUGGUGUUAUUAUCUUCUUCAUCUGCUGGAAACCUUUGAGCGACCCCCCCUCCGUUCCUAGCCUUGCAAUGGCGAUCUUGGUCAUUAUCGUUAUCGUUCUGCAAGCAAGUUUCUCAGCCUUUCAGGACUGGUCUACAAAGCAUGUGAUGAACUCGAUACUCAAUCUGCUCCCAUCCGAAGCGCUCGUGCUACGCGACGGGAAACAGACAAGAGUUCCUUCAACGGAGCUUGUCGCUGGUGACAUAGUGUACGUCGGUAUUGGAAAUAAGGUCCCGGCAGAUAUGCGUCUCUUCCGAAGCUCGGGAGACGUUCGCUUCGAUCGCGCAGUGCUCACGGGUGAGUCUGAUGAGAUCGACGGAGCAAUAGACGCUACAGACAACAAUUUUCUAGAAACAAGAAACAUUGCUUUCAUGGGUACCAGUGUGACAAAUGGAAAUGCGGUUGGCAUGGUGGUGCUUACUGGUAGUCGUUCUGUGAUGGGUCGUAUAGCCAAGAUGACUGCUGGCGUCAAGGAGAAGCCAACAUUGAUCCAAAAAGAGAUUACACGGUUUGUUACGAUUAUCAUUGGUCUUACCAUCACGUUGGUCUUGAUUAUUCUAUUCACCUGGGUCGGCUGGUUGCGUGUUGACCAUUAUUCCUUCAUGAAUGUCGUGGCAAUGUUGAAUAAUGUGAUGGGCUGCGUUGUUGCUUUCAUACCCGAAGGCAUGCCAGUCGGCGUUGCUCUCACUCUCAUGAUGGUUGCAAAGCGUAUGAAGAAGGCCAACAUCCUACCCAAAGGUCUUGCCACGGUUGAGACUUUGGGUUGCGUGAACGUUAUCUGCUCGGACAAGACCGGCACUUUAACUCAGAAUAAAAUGUCAGUCAGGUCGCUAGGGCUGCUCGAUACGGCGCUUGACGUAAAACAACUUCCUAAUAUACAGCGAAAUGAGAUGUCAGAGUCCCUGAAGAGUUUACUGCGCGGAUCGCUGUUGUGCAACGACGCUUUCUUUGAUCCGGCGACAAUUGCUCUUCCAGUCAUUGAGCGAGGUGUCACGGGCAAUGCCACUGAUGCCGCUGUCCUACGCUUCGCCGAGUCUAUCAUGCCCGACGGUCGUAAUCAGCUAUCGGUUUUCGAAAGAAUUCAUCAAGUUCCCUUCAACUCGAAGAACAAAUGGAUGCUCACGAUUCAUCGGGAUCCCACCGAUCCAGAUGGAUAUCUUGUCUUCGUCAAAGGUGCACCGGACGUAUUACUUCCAAAAUGCACUUCGUAUCUAUCAGGCAUCGAUAACACAGUCAAAAUGCUGGAUGAGAAUGCAAAAGGGCUGUUCUCGAACUUCCAAGCCGAAUUGUCCCGACGCGCUGAGCGUGUUAUUGUUAUCUGUCAGCGACGGUUCAUUCCUCGUGCAGCUGUUGGGUCUAACGACUUCAGCGACGAGGUAUUGGCUGAAUGUGUCCAAAAUUUAACAGUUACUGGAAUUUUUGGAAUAAUUGAUCCCCCUCGUCCAGAAACUGCCGAGACGGUUGCGGCUUGUCGAAGAGCAGGAGUUCGUUUUUUCAUGGUUACGGGUGACUUCGGUCUGACUGCUGCAGCAAUCGCAAGAGACAUAGGUAUCUUCAGUGGUACUGCUGAGCCAGAUACCGUAGAUGACCUGAAGCCCUUCACGAACGGCGAGAUUGGUGAGAAGCAGCCGAUACACUCUCGCCAUAGUCUCCUCGUUGAUGGCAAGCACAUUCCAACCCUAAACGACUGGCAAUGGGACACCAUAUGCAAGUACGAGGAAAUCGUGUUCGCUCGAACAACUCCUGAACAAAAAUAUCGCAUUGUAGAAGAGCUCAAGAGCCGGGACAAUGUCGUUGCAGUAACAGGAGACGGAGUCAAUGAUGCUCCAGCACUACGAGCAGCUGACAUUGGAAUUGCAGUGGUCUCCGGCAGUGAUGUUGCAAUCGAAGCAGCCGACUUGGUUCUCCUAGACCGAUUCGACUCUAUUGCCCAAGCCAUCCGACUGGGCCGGCUGGUGUUCCAAAACCUCCAAAAGCUGAUCGCAUAUCUGCUACCCGCCGGUAGUUGGUCGGAGAUCUGGCCAGUCCUGAUGAACGUAUUCUUCGGCGUCCCGCUACCUUUGAGCUCCUUCCUCAUGAUCAUCAUCUGCGUAUUUACAGACCUAUUCUGCUCCCUUUCUCUCAUCAUGGAGAAGGAGGAAUAUGACCUCCUCAGCGUGCCCCCUCGAAAUCACAAAAAGGACCACCUAAUCAACCUCAAGAUAUAUGGUCAAUCAUACCUCUUUGUCGGCGUCAUGGAAGCCUUCUGCGCCCACUCAAUGUUCUUCCUGUACAUGUACAAGAAAGCGGGAAUCCCCUUCCACGCCCUCAUCUUCGCGUUCGAAAAGUACUCCGAUGGCUUCUACGGCUACACCCAGGACGAGCUAACCAACUUCAACAACGUCGGCCAAGGUGUCUACUUUGUCAGUCUCGUCAUGCUACAGUGGGGCAACAUCCUCUCUGUCCGAAACAAACGCAUGUCCAUCCUCCAAGCAGACCCCGUCCGCAAACAACGCCGUAACCCCUGGCUCCCCUUGUCGAUGGCCAUAUCCCUCGUCAUCGCAAUUUUCGUUACCGAGGUCCCUGGAUUUCAUAAAUUAUUUAACACCGCGCCGGUCCCCAUCGAGUUCUGGUUUAUUCCUUUAGCGCUGGCGCUGGGGAUCCUGCUUAUGGAUGAGCUUCGAAAGCUGCUUGUGCGACAGUUCCCGAGGAGUAUAAUUGCGAAGAUCGCUUGGUGAUUGUGCUUUAGCCGGAGGUAAAACAAUAUGAGUACAAUUUUUCUGGCAUUUUAGAUGGAUGAGAUAUCUUCGAUCCAAAGAUGAUGUAUGAGAAGGUUCAUGAAAAUGGAAAUGGUAGCAAUAGUGUUUAUAAGUUCAUGUACAUGCUUGCAAUUGGAAUACAUAAUGCGAGUGACUGACAUGUCACAAGUCGGAUGUGAACUUAUGAAAGUAGAUUCCGAAAGGAAUAUACAACCAAGUGAUACCAGAUAUCGGUGAUAUACUCUUCCGUAUAUCUCUCCUUUUAUUGCUUAGCAUAUACAGAAUUCGUGGCACGAGUGACUAAUACGAGUGUCAACUGGGCAGAUUUCAAAACAUCCAUGCAUCAUGCUUGCAUAGCCAAGACUACGCCUAAAGCUUAGCAUGUGUUAAGCUUUGAGA